UUGUGUAUCGAAUGUAAAAUAACAACGACAAAGGCAGCCAUUAGACAUAUAUAAGGGUUUCAUCGUUAGCACUUGAAAACACUUUGGUUUAUGCUACAUCCCCAACCGCGUUCUCAUCGGCUCGUACCGGCGCUGUCUGCAGCCUUUAGUAAUCAUCCGCUCAUCACUCUCACACCUAUGAUACGCACCAUGCCUGCUCUGGUCUCGCCAACAAUUGCUUCAAACUAUGGUACAAAGCACCGAGAGACCGGCUCUUCAUUUAUUUCGACUUCAAAGGCAUCUAUGGGUAGUCUGCCGACCGAACUUCACCUCCUGAUUGCAAAACACCUUACUUAUCCCGAUGCCCUUUCUCUCAAGCACACCUCACGGCGUUUCUUCUACCUUGUGGACACAGGUGUCAAGCUCAAGGUGGCCUGGCUCAUGGAACGGCGGAGUCUGCAUCUAGAAUGCCCGAAUGACCGAAGGUGCGAUCUCAGGAGCGACUUGAGAUUCUGUAGAGGCAGUGUGAAACUGCUGAUGCAGCGACGCCGAGAGCAUUUGGAAUGCGAGUCACGGCCCGGUCUCGGCUGCCUUGUGUUCGGCACGGCUGCCUGUGCCCACCGGCAAAGUUCAGCACACCGGUUUCGCCGUUGGUUAUGCUCACGUCUAACGGCAGACCUUUGGUGGUUCUUACUUGUCUUGCUCCCUGUGUGUCUAGGGUGCAUAUGGGCAACUAAGCUCGAUACGUGGCCAAGUUGAUUUUAGUAAUAGUAUUCUUCCUGACUAGAAGCAAAAGCUGGAUGUCAUAUUCAAUCAGCCCUGAAUGCCCAUGAAGUUAGAGAGACAUGAAGCCAUGCACGGGAGAUGCCGUAAUUGUAGGUCAGCCCUCCCCCCAACCAUCAAUUGGUCGAGAUGGCAUCGCUGGGAUCCAAGGAUAUGCUCUCCCGCUUUGCCCCUUUUCGAGCGUACAUCUUUUACAAUAUACAACUUGUAUAUAGGUAGUCUAGCCAUGUAAUUAUUAAUGGAUACUCAACUUGGACGAUUUUAACAUCGGAG